AUGGACCCAGUCAACAUUGUCCUGUCGGCCUUCAAAUCUCAUGAUAUUCAUAUAAAACAUGACGAAAUCAAACUAGCUCUCAAUGAUGAAGCCGCCAAAUCGGCCUUGGGACUCCUGGUUGAUGACACUCUCCUGUCACAAGAAGAGCUCAUCUCAUACUUAGAACUAGGAAGUUCUGGCGCCUUAGAGACCCUCAAUCUCUCGGACGUGGAUAUGACUAGGCCAUUCCUAGACGAAGACCUUCGGGGUGCGAUCGAAUCCUUGAACACAUCAACAGCCGCGAUUCAGAAACAGAAUGAAAUCUUAGCAUUACAACACGACUUCCUGAACAAGCAGUUUAGCAUGGAAAGCGAACGAAAACUUGGGCAUAAAAAGGACGCGGAACGCCUAGGCCAAAGACACGAAUCACGAAGGCAAAGUAUAAAUACAAUGGCUACUGAGUUGGCCCACGAAUUGAGCCUGACUCUGAAAAAUGAGUCUGAAAAGGCGACAACUGACGGAAGGAAAAUACUUUCCGUGCUGACAAUCUUGAUGAAGGAGGAUGAUAGGAUAUUCACUGAUAUAGAGAAACUUGUGACUGAAGUAAAUACAACUGGCGAUGACGCCUUAUUCGUCAAGCAUACGCUGGACCUGGACACACGGCUCUCACAAUAUGUCGCCGAAGAAAUACAGCACCGGCUUGACAGAUCAUAUUUGGAAAGUAUCCAAGAUAGCCAGAAGCCUGGACACUGUUUAAGAGAAACCGAAGAUGAAGGUAUGGCUACAUUGGAGGACGAAUUAGAAUCUUUAUAUCCAGAAAUCGAUGUCCUCGCCGAGAUUUCUUCAAAACAGCGGUACGGGGAACCCAUCUUACGUGAGCUUCACAAUCGUCACGGCAAAAUGCGCAUCGCUGCCCACAAAAAACUCGACUACAUUAUAGAUUUGAUAGCUGAAAUGAUAGUCUCGGCCGAAGACUUCACUAAAUAUUUGCAGGACCGCGAAUCAUUUUGCAGUACCCUCGAGACUUUGAGCGCCACGCUUCAAUACGAGGUGGGCGAACAAUUCCCAAAUCCACAUACCGCAAGGCGAGAAACAUGGAAGAGACGUCCUGUUCAGCCUACGCCGAUGCCUGCUCCUUCCGAGGGUAAUGUUGGCCUCCUUCCCGAAUUUCAGUUUCUCGCUGGCCUUUUGCGCCGAGUCAGUAUGCCUUCUGAAUUGGUGUUCCGAGCAGAAGAGGAUGGGUCCAUCGUUGCUCUACACGAGAAACGACUGCACAUGUUCGAGUGCUCGAGCAGUUAUGCGUUCGCUGCAGAUGCAUCAUUGGUGGCAGAAACAGCCCCAACUGACAGAGCUACCCGACUUUUGUCAUUAUCUCUACACCCAAGUGAUCACGGUGACUCUUUUUGCCAUGUGGGCCAUGAGAAUAGCCUUCCGCAACUUGAAUUACAGCUGCGGCGUAUCCAAAAAGAUAUUGAACAACUAAACUGGGACGUGCUUCAUCGACGAGACAAUAACCGGAAGAGUUUCAUGGAAAAGUGGGCAUGA